AGAUAUAAAAUGGAAGGUCAUAUGUGCAAUAGAUGAAAAACAACACGUGUACACAGUGGGUGAGAGGCUUACUCCAGCCUCCUUGUGCAGUACACACCUACAGUAUAUUAAGUGCAUGACGCACACAUAACCAGCAUUACAACAACACUGUCGCGAGAUAGCAGUCAAACAGCUGCGUGGGUGUGUUUGCUGAGCUGCAAACAUGUCAGUGAAACUGGAAGGCAACAUUUUAGUGACUGGGACGAACAGAGGCAUUGGUUUGGAGCUGGUCAGACAGCUGGCAGAGACGACGGGGGAGCAGGCUCACAUCUAUGCCUGCUGCAGAGCACCUGAGGGACCCAGGGCUGAGGCCCUGAGAGACCUCACCACUCAAUAUCCUGGAAAGAUCACUAUCAUCAAACUAGACAUGUCAGAUGAGGACAGUAUCUCAGCUGCUGUCCAGGCUGUGAGUAAGCAGAUCGGGGCCGGUGGGUUGAACCUCCUCAUCAAUAACGCUGCUAUAACCAAACCGGCCAUACCGGGACCGUUAUCUGCCACCAGGAAAAAGGACAUGAUGGAGGUGUACGAAACCAAUGUGGUUGGACCAUUUCUCAUUGGAAAGGUGUUCCUUCCACUCCUCAGGAGAGCCGCAGAGAUGGACUCACUUGAAAAGGACCAGGAUGAUAAAAUGUCCUGUAUAAGGUCGGCCAUCAUCAACAUCUCCACGAUUAUCUCAUCCAUAGAGAAAGUGCCAGAAACCUUUUCUAAAGCACAGAUGUACCCUUAUAGGGCCAGUAAGGCAGCACUGAACAUGCUGACUCGCUGUCAAGCUGAGGACUUCAAGAGUUACAACAUACUGGUGACAGCAAUCCACCCUGGCUGGGUCCGAACUGAGAUGGGAGGAGAGGAGGCUCCUAUGACUGCCAAGGAAAGCGCAGAAAGCCUGAUCAGUCUGAUGUCAUCACUCAGCAACAAAGACUGUGGGAUGCUUCUGGACUGGGAGGGUGUCAGAAUCCCCUGGUAGCAGUCACCCUGUCACUCACACCAGGCCUACCACUCAUCUUUAUUGUAUAUACAUAACAGAGACAGUAUACCUGGUGGUGCAUCUUUGUACAAUCUCUAUUAUCCAUAUUUUUAAAACUCUAAACACAAUCAGGGACAACAUUGUAUAAAAUUGUAUAAAUUGCUUCAUUUUUCUUUACAUACAAAACUUAUUAAAAUAUACCAAAUAGAGAUCUUUACGGUCUUCUUGACAAAUGCUUGCACACAACAUGCCAGAAAUCAAAACUUAUCUUCAAAAUCUUGAUUAUAGUGUAACUCUGUUCUGACUCUAUGGGCCUCAAGAACAGCGCCCAGAUUCAUUUACCUACACUCAAUAGUAAUAUUACCUGUCCCUGACCCUUGACUUGGUGACUGUCUACUUUUGUGAAGGAAUAAAAACUCUAAAACUG